UUCAAAAAGUAAGGGGAGGAAUGGGACCCAGAUGACAUCAUGGUCAGAUUGCUAAUGUCAUUAUAUCAGCUGGAUGGUUUUCAUCACAAAAGCUAACUCAAAGGGUGAUGGAGGGGAGUCAUGUGUGACAGGUAGAAAUGAAAACAUAGUGGCUGGGGCAGGUCUAUUUCCUGGAGUUGUUCAUCUUAUAAAAGCCAAGCAGGACCUUGCCUUCACACCAGACCCGAGCAACCAGGCAGACUGUUCUUCUCUGUGUACUAGAACCAGCCAUUGUUGAAGCAUGAACUCCCAGCAGCAGAAACAGCCCUGCACUGUACCUCCUCAGCUGCAGCAGCAACAGGUGAAACAGCCUUGCCAGCCUCCACCCCAGCAGCCAUGCGCCCCCAAAACCAAGGAGCCAUGCAACCCUGUUGUUCCUGAGCCCUGCCACCCCAAGGUGCCUGAGCCCUGCCACCCCAAAGCACCUGAGCCCUGCCACCCCAAGGUGCCUGAGCCUUGCCCCUCAACAGUCACUCCAGCACCAGCUCAGCAGAAGACAAAGCAGAAGUAAUGUCUGCAGCCAUGCCCUUGAAGAGCCGAUUGCCAGAUGCUGAGCCUUCUCCUCCAUAAAUCCCAUGUGGCCACUUGACCUUGAAAUUAGCAUGCUGUCAGAGUUAUAAUCCUUCUCCCUCUGCAUCCCUCCAAAAGAUAUCCCUUAUACUCAUUCUGGUGUUUUCCUGAGCCUCUAAAUAUGGAUGAGAGUCUCACUGAAUGAGCUAG